GAGUGUUACCCGCCCCAGGCUGAGAAACCUAUAUAUUAUCGACUGACAGAUGGAUCCUAUUAGCCGCUUCCUCUCUUUGUUAUUAUCCUGAUCGUUAUAAUUCGAUUGAUCCUUCUGUGACGCUCCUCGUAUACUCCGUUCAAUCCGGGCCAAGAAGGACUGUCUUGCGACCUCAACUUCCUUUUGCCUUUGCGCGAUCGCCUUGCCGCGAUCUGAUAUUCGUCGUGAUAUAAUACUUAACAGUACAUGGAGCUGUUCUAAUAGGUCCAAGAGAUAUCGGAACUGCUACGCGACCUCCUGGAACAAUUGUAUUGCGAACUAGGGUUAGUUCGCAAAGUAAGGCAUCUUGAAAAUGGGCGAAUCGAAUGGAACAGAACAGCAAGAAAGCUCCUUUCCUUCGGGAACUAUUGCGAAGCUGACAUGUGACGUUCUCAACAACACGUUCUAUAACAUUAUCCAUGACAUAGUGUCAAAAGUCCAUCGGGAUGAAAAGGUUGCUCGAAUGCGUUCUGCUGUCACAAUCGCCAGGCAGAAAGCCGAAGAAGAAGCUGGCAGGCGCCGAGAAGAAGCAGGUGCCAAACCCACUGCGUUAAAACCGGGCGAAGAUUUCGAAGAACUCAAGGACAUCCGUGUUGAGACGGAUGGGGCGAUCUUUGAAGAUGGGAGGGUUUAUCUCAAGGGAAACCCGCUUAAUACUACCAAAGAAAUCAUCUGUCCCGACUGCCGAUUGCCACGCCUACUUUAUCCUGUGACUGGGGUCGGAGCACGGCCCCCUCCGGAUCCAUAUCGAGAAUAUUGCCAAAAGCAACCGAUGAUCAGCAAACCAGGGCAUGACGUUCAUGGGAAUCCGUUCGCUACAGACAAACUGAAUCCUAAGAAGAAGAAACAGACAAACACUUCAAAUACGCCAGCGUCAAGCCCGCCUACAACACCGGAUAGUUCCUUUAAGCAAGCGGCUCCAGAGAAAGUAUCAUUUCCGACGGUCAAGUGCCCAAAUUGCCCAAGGUACUUUGUUGUGACGCGAGUGGCACAACACUUGGACCGAUGUCUCGGUCUAUCAGGCCGACAAGUCAACCGAAACAAAACGCCCAUGGAAAACGGUACCAGCACUCCUAGUUCUGCGCCGCCCAAACGUCCAUUAGAUGACGACACCCCGCCAACUAUAACGAAGAAAAAGAAGCUCGGUGCUCCCAAGAAGCUGUCAGGGAAAAAGCCGCCACCGGCUCCCAGUAGCAAACUCAAGAAUGGUGUGACGCCUGACAUGGCGGCUGCCGCGGACGCUGCAGCCGCUGGUGACGGCAAUAUAAAAAGCGAACCGAAUGGCGACAAUGCAUAGUUUCUUAUUCUUCUUUCCUUAAUUAUAGCUUCUGCAGUACUUCUGUAUUGCUUCUCACGGGCAAUAUGGGUGUGUCUGCACUGGAGACGAGGCUUUGGACAUAGUCUCCUUUUAACGAUCUGACGUAAAUACUCGGCAUCAAAG